CCAACUCUCUUAUAGCAGAGCUUUCUCUUCUCUAGCUUUCUCCCAUUUCUCUGCUUUGUUAUAUAUUAUUUAGAUACACACACCAACACACACAUCUGUAAAGACUCGACGUCACCGAGACAUUAAGACUGCUAGCUCUAAAAUGGCCAGCGCUUCGGUGCCUGCCCAGUACCCUGGUCAACCGACAAGUGAAGUUCGUUGGUCAACUAGCCUUUUUCACUGCUUCUCUGACAUGCAUAGUUGUUGCUUGACAUUUUGGUGUCCAUGCGUUGCUUUCGGGCGGAUCUCCGAAAUUGCAGACAAAGGAUCCUCCUCUCCCAACAUCGACGUCACCGAGACAUUAAGACUGCUAGCUCUAAAAUGGCCAGCGCUUCGGUGCCUGCCCAGUACCCUGGUCAACCGACAAGUGAAGUUGCUUGACAUUUUGGUGUCCAUGCGUUGCUUUCGGGCGGAUCUCCGAAAUUGCAGACAAAGGAUCCUCCUUUUAACUGGUUUUGGUUGUUUGUACUCGUGCACAUACCGUGCUAAACUUCGAAAACUCUAUAUGUUGGAGGAGAGCCCUUGUGGGGAUUGUUGUGUUCAUUGUUUCUGCGAGCUGUGUGCCUUGUGUCAAGAGUAUCGUGAGCUGCAAAACCAGGGCUUCGAUGUGUCUGCUGGAUGGGACGGGAACUCGCAAAAGAACAAUCAAGGAGUGGCUAUGGCUCCAGUUGUGGAAGGAGGAAUGAAGCGCUAG